CACAAGACUUACUCGUUUAAGGAGCAGCUAUUUUCAUUGAAAGAUCCUCUUCUUGGGCUUGGUCCCUUUCGUUCGGUAGGGUGAGUAUGUGAUCAGACUUCAACUUUCGUUCCGGUUUUCGCGCAUCGCAAGAUUCUCGGGGAAUCAUUCCCCUUCCUUCGCUGCUUUCGAGCUUUCGGCCGCGAGAGGCGCUUGUGAGGGUCGUGGUCGAAUUUAACUGCGCCCGUGCGAUUGGAUGUGAGGAUGGAAUACACCCGCGGCCGACAACAACCACCGUCGUGCAAUUGCUAAAUACAGAUCGCGACUUCCAUCCGGGGGAGUCCCAACUGCCUUGUGUCAUGUUGGCAGCAGCGAAGAGCGUCGUCGUCUGCCCCAAACACGUUCGAGCUGGAGCAGGCUGUGUGUUGUUUAAUGAUUUUCGCUUUGCUAGCAAAGCAACCCCAGUAGCAAUGGCCCUUAUUGAUACAGAGUUUCCUGUAUCUGCCCUUUUGCCAAAAAAGGAAACCGGCGUGACGUCCUUUUUAGCCAAGUAUCCUGAAUACGAUGGCCGAGGUAUUACCAUCGCUAUACUGGACUCGGGAAUUGAUCCCGGCGCUCCUGGGCUGCAGGUCACUACAACUGGGGAGAAAAAGCUGGUUGAGGUAUAUGAUUGCAGUGGAGCAGGUGAUGUUGACAUUUCAACAAUUGUUAAAGUGAAAGAUGGUCAAAUUGUUGGUUUAACAGGGAGGACUUUAAAGAUACCUACCACAUGGAAGAAUCCCACAGGGAACUAUCAUAUAGGUGUUAAAAAUGCUUAUGAACUCUACACAUCUUCGGUCAGGGAACGUAUUGCCAAAGACAAGAAGGAAAAGCAUUGGGAUCCUGCUCAUAAGCUUGCAGCUGCUGAAGCUACUAGAAAAUGCAGGGAGUUUGAAAAGGAACAUCCUCAAGAGUCUAGCAUGAAACCACUUGAUAAAAUGAUAUCUGAUGAUCUUGAAGCCCAAGUUGAGGUACUGACAGAAGCAGAUAAGAAGUAUUCUUCCCCUGGACCUGCUUAUGACUGUGUUGUUUUUAAUGACGGUGAUGUUUGGAGAGCGUGCAUUGAUACCUCCUGCUCUGGUGAUCUGGCAUCAUGCAAGGUAGUUGGAGAGUAUAGCAAGACCUAUGACUAUGCUCAACUCACACCCUCUGAUCAAUUCAACUAUGCUGUAAAUGUGUGGGAUGAAGGAAAAAUCCUUGAAAUAGUGGGCAUGUGCUCAAGCCAUGGGACCCAUGUGGCAGCAAUUGCAGCAGCAAAUUUCCCAGAUGAGCCUGAAAAAAAUGGUGUUGCUCCUGGUGCCCAGGUUAUUUCAUUAUGUAUUGGUGAUUUACGUCUCUCUUCAAUGGAGACUGGAACAGCCAUGACUAGAGCCAUGAUCAGAGUAAUACAAAACAACAAACGAAAAAUUCAUGUUAUGAAUAUGAGCUAUGGAGAACAUCCCCAUUACUCCACAUCUGGAAGGGUCAUUGAUAUGAUCAAUGAUGUUAUUGAUAAAUAUGGGCCUGUGUGGGUAUGUUCUGCUGGAAAUGAAGGACCAGCACUUAGUACUAUCAGCACACCACCCAAUGUCAAUGCUAAUACACUAAUUGGUGUGGGAGCGUAUGUAUCUCCUGAGAUGAUGGUAGCUGAAUAUUCUCUUCGUCAGAAGCUUCCUGGCACUUCAACCACAUGGACCUCAAGAGGACCAACACCCACUGGAGAUCCAGGAGUAAAUGUUUGUGCACCUGGUGCUGCUAUUACAUCUGUUCCUCAGUUUAUGUUGCGAAACUGCAUGCUCAUGAAUGGUACAAGUAUGGCAUCGCCUCACGUUUGUGGUGUUGUUGCCUUGCUGCUUUCGGGAAUGGUGCAACGCAAUUUGCCAUACACUCCGUACUCUGUUAAAAGAGCUCUUGAGAACUCAGCUCAAUUCAUAGAUUCACAGGAUAAAUUUGGACAAGGAGAAGGCUUGGUACAGGUGGAAAAAACUUUUGAUCAUUUGGCUACAUAUCACAAUCAGCCAGAGAGGAAUGUCCGUUUCCAUUUGACUUGUGGCAAUCAAAUGAUGAGAGGUAUUUAUCUUAGAGAUGCUUUUCGAGACAAACCUGAGGAUAUAGUUGUGAAAGUUGAUCCAGUUUUCUUCAAGAGCUCCAGCUUAGAGUCUUAUCCUGAAAGGACAAAUUUUAACAUGAACCUCAUCCUUACGUGUGAUAAACCAUGGGUCUCCCACCCUUCUCAUUUAUGUUUAAUGAAUAUGUCAAGAACCAUCUCCAUUCGAAUUGACCCAACCAGUCUGCCUACAGGAGUGCAUACAACAAGUGUAAAGGCCUAUGAUUCAUCUUGUGUGGAGAAAGGACCAGUGUUCCGCAUUCCUAUCACCUUAGUGCAACCACAUGUGUUCCCUGCUGACCAAGAGAAAAAAGAACUUGUUUUUACUGAUGUUGUUUUGAAACCAUCCCAAAUGCAACGCCACUAUAUAUUAGUUCCAGAGAAUGCUACUUGGGCUGUUAUAAAGUUGCUUGCAAAUGAUAAAUGCAAUGUAAGACUUCAUACGCUACAGCUCAGACCAAGAAAAACAAGCAAGUCUAAUCAGUACCACAAGUCUAUUCAACUGAUUCCCAGCAUUGAAUCAGUCCACAGUUUUGCUGUUAAGGGAGGAAUUAUUAUGGAAGUGGUAGUGGCGAAAUUUUGGACCGAUAUGUCAGAAAGUGGCCUUAACUACUCAGUCACAUUUCAUGGAAUCAAACCUGAUCGGUCUGAUGUCAUCAUGCAAGCCACACAAGGAAUUCUUUCAAUGGAUUUGUACAGUGGACCAAUUUCAGAGGAAUUAGCCCCAAGUGCUAGCCUCAGAGCUGUGGUAUCUGUUUGCAAGCCAAUUGAUGCAAAGGUUGGAGUUUUAUCACCUGAUCGUGACAUGAUUCCUGAUGGCAGACAGAUCUAUGAACUUCAGUUGACUUACACGUUCCAAAUCAAACAUGAAACUGAUGUGACUAUCUGCUGUCCGUUUUUGAGUCAUUUGCUGUAUGAAUCUGAAUAUGAAAGUCAGUUAUGGAUGCUGUUUUCUUCUUCAAAGAAAUACAUCUGUAGUGGAGAUGCAUAUUCCGACUCAGCCAGUUCUAUCAAGCUGGAUAAGGGAGAGUACACUCUUCGCAUGCAUGUUCGCCAUGAGCGGAAGGAUCUGCUUGAAAAGCUUAAUGAUAAACCUAUGUUAGUUUCCCAGAAACUUUCUUCAGUGCUUACGCUAGAUAUUUAUGGAACAGAGCAGGCUGCGAUUACUGGUGGACGGCAGCUUUCUGGCCAUGUUUUGCACAAAAAUCAGAUUUUACCUGUAUACAUUGCACCUAUCACAAAUGACAAGAAAGAUAGAAUUGCAAAGGCAGCUUCAUUGGGGCAAUAUCUCUCAGGCUCCAUCUCCUAUGCUAAGGAUGAGCUUGGUAAAAAAGCAUGUGUCUACCCCCUUCGUUACAUUUUGCCAGAAAUAACGAAAAGCAGUAGUUCAUCUAACAAAAGUUCGUCAGCUGAAAAGGAGGUUAAAAAUGGUGCCAGUUCUAUCACCCUUGGACCAGUGAUAAGUACAUCUGCCAUUGGAACCUCUGAGCCUAGCACCAGCUCACCAUCAAAAGACAGCAAAGAUAAGUCAAAAAUGAAGGGUGAAGAUUACAAUGAAGCCCUUCAGGAUUUCAAAAUUGGCAUUCUUGAAAAACUUGAGAGGGGUGAACAUGCAGAUGCAUUGUAUGAAGAACUUCGUGCAGCAAAUCCACAAAAAUUAUCCAUAGCAAUGGCUAUGUUGAAGAAUUUGAAAUCCUCCUGGGAUAAAUCACCAUACCCCAUAAUGGGAGAUUUGACAGCACCUUGUGGAGAUCCAGCCCUUCUUAAUCGAGUACUGACUUUAGUUUCCCACAUCAUUGAAAAUGCAGAUCAAAAUGCUGUUCUUGCACAUUAUGGAACAAAAGUAGACCUGAAUUCCGAUGCAGCUAAAGUGAAGAGCCAUUUUGAUCAAUUGAAAAAUACUAUAAUUGAGGCAUAUGUUGCAAAGGGAAUUGUCCUAUGUUGUCAGUAUCUGCUCAAUUCAGACCUUGAGAAAGACUCAAAAGAAAUAAAGGACAAGGCUGCAAACUUAGUAGAAAUUGAUUGUGUGAGGCGCGAACUUUUGAAAUUUGUGGAUCAAAAAGAUUCAACUAUUCAGAUAUUCUUGAUGUGGCAUGCAGCCCUCCACGGCUUUUUAGGACGUCUUAUUAGAUUGAUUUUAAAUUGUUCAAAUGAGAAACCUUCAAAGGAGUUGGACCGUGCUUUGGUUGCUGCAUUGAGGUCAAAUGGUUGGGAUUAUUGGGCAAAUCACAUUGAAGAAAGCUCACAUGUUCGCUUCCCUCUUUCAUAUAGAUUGUUUUAAAUUGUGUGAGUGUUUGAGUACAUAUAAAUAUCUAUCUAAUCUUUAUAUAUAUGUUUAUGAGGCCUGAAUUACGGUAUCAAGAAAACUGAAUAAAACUAAUCAUCAACACAUAGUUUGUGAAAAUGUUUGCCGAAUCAAUGCAUCUUUCUCUUCAGAAUAUUUAGGAGGAAGGCUAUGCCUGACUAUUCUCCCAUUAAAAUAUGACCAAAGAGUUGUGUGAGUAUUUCUGUAGGCCCAACUGAUAAAGGUGAAUUGGGACCAUCAAAAAAUUAUAAAUGCAAUUAUUUUAAGAACCUAAAAGAGUUUAUUUCUAACAUUUUGUUGUAAAUCAAGACCACAUAAAAAUGGAUGGAUGGGUGGAUUUGUUGAUUUAUUUGUGGGGUACAGCAACUUAAAUCAACAUAAAUACUGUGUGUUGUGUGUACGGUAUCUACGGUCUUUAAAAAAAAAACAUUUUUCAAUAUCUAAAAUUAUUUUUCUGGAAUGUGACUUAAGCUAUAAAAUUGUCCAAAUCUCGAGGGGGAAAAAAAUUGUAUCCAUGUAAGUUUUAAGUCAGAUUAAUUUACGAUUAGAAAUUCCCUGAAUUCCUCUCACUUUUGUGUGGACAAGGGUUACCUUGCGAGUUAAGAAAUGUAUCUGUAAGUUAUUAUAAUCUGCUUUCUCAAGGAAAAGCUCAUUAUAUAUAGUAUAUCAGUAUAUCAUUCAAAUGUGUUUUCUUUCUACUUUAAAGACAUCUGUUCCAAUUUUGCACCUAUGAACACAUCAUCCCUAAGUUGUAUGUUUAAAGUUUACUUCCAACUGACUGAAAACCUGAAAUUUUGUUUGCUGAUUUGAUUGUGUAGGCUAAUGUAUUGUACCUACAUAAUUGUCCAUGUAUGAACAGACUUGUCUAUGCUAUAUAAUGUUUGUUUUCCUGGAAUGAAAUAGAGACUUUAUUAUUACUAUUUUAAAA